AUGGUCGCCUUCCGCCCCCUCCUCGUGCUUUACAUGGUCGCAGGCAUCACUGCGGCCGGGAAAUGCAGGCCCUCUGGCUCUACUAUUACCACCUCGGAAACCAGCCUGACUACGUUGCUCACGGGAACCACCCUGACCGACUCGGCCACUGAAACCUCGACAACCGAAACUGCAACAACAUCCACUGCUACGGAAAGCCUGACGAGUUCUACCGCUGAAACCUCAACCGAGACGACGACCGAGUCUGCUACUGAUUCCACAACUGGCUCUACCACCGAAGCUUCGACCUAUCUUACCACUGAUACUACCCUGACUACCUUCAUGACAUCGACAACCAUCACCACCUCCGAGCCAGCCACAACAACCUCAGAGGCUCCUGUGGUUGUCUCGUGCCCCUCGACAGGCCAGUGCCUCCACACCAUGAACAUCAUGUGCGAUUACAUCAUUGGCGGAAUUCCUUAUGACGACGAGUUAAGCCUGAACGAAUGUGCCCACAAGUGCGACAACGACCCGUCUUGUGCUCUCUUUGUCCAUGAUUCGUCGAGCAACUACUGCUACUACGCUACCUCUACGGACCAAAUCCGGGGCGAAGGACCAGUUCCCGGCUGGGCUAGCGGUGUUAAGGGAAGGUGCGGACAGUAA